AUGCGAAGCGCAACGCAGCGAGAGAAGAAUCGGGCCGACAGACGAUACUUGGACAGCGAGUUCACACUACCGGAUGGGAGAAUCAUCUUUCUCGCCACUGAGCCGUUUGAUGACAGUUUCACCUACAAGAUCGGACUUGGGUCCAGUCGGGCACCGCGCAGCAACCAAGCCACGCUGCCCAGCCUCAAAGUGUCUGGUACGGCUCUCUUGGACGCCGUUCUGACUUCUGCACAGCGUGACCAGUACGCUCAAAUGAGGACGGAGCGAGAAACUACAUCAGGCGGUAUGACUUGCACGGGCAGCGCAGCAUUCCGCAACUGGGUGAUGCGACACUUCAAAGCGUACAACAAUGUAUCCGCCGAGGAGGCUGCCAAGGCUGGCAAGUCGCAAGAGAAUGCUACCCUGCUUGAAGAGAGCAUUCCGAAGGCCGAGCAAACAGGCGAGAUCUUUGAUGCACUGACGGAAGCUGAUCGAUUUCAUGCUUCGGUCGUGCUGUGCUCUCCGCUCGACAGGACCUGCACGAGCGCGAUACUGACGCUGGGUAAGGGGCGGAAGCCUGUGGCUGAUGAGACGAUACGCGAGAUGGCAUCGUCGGGACUCGCGAGACAUGCACGCCUACCCACCAGGAAGGAUGGCGAGACUGAUCCGAUGAUCGACGAGCGUAUCGCUGUCCUUCUUGAAAUCUACCGCUCCACAGAUCCCCGAAGUGAUGGCACGACAGAGUCCGCCGUCGAUAUCGAUGAACGAAUCCUUGACGCGCUGGAACAUCAAGCAAAGAUCAUCCAGAUACUGGCCACCGUCGCCGAAGAUCGGAGCCGGCGCAUCGACCUGCCCGUGGUCACACACAAGGGAUUCGGUAGACGUUACUUGAAGAAGUGCGCACCUGGCGAGUUCAGCCUCAAGCACUGGCCGAAUGGGGAAGUCCAUACACUCGAUGGAUCUGUCGAAUCGUGGGGAGAUGUCACUGACCCAGAAUGGCGGGCGGUCAUCACUUUUACAGGGGUUGGCCCGGUCAUCAGCCUCAACAAUCAGAAGGACCCUCAGCCAGAGGCAGGUAUGGGACAAGAAGAAUUCCAGGCCGCUGAAUCAGAGGAUACAGACUCUGUGGCAGGAGGGGGAGGCAGGUAUAGGACUGAGGAUGACACGGAGCUUUGGGGUUUUGGGAAAGAGGUCCUCGAGUAUUGA